AUGCCCUUGUCUCACACCCCCUUGGCAUUUACACAGAUUCCACCGCAUUUCCUAGGGCUACUCAAGAUCAACAAUCGAACUGGGAGUGGCCCAGGCCAGGCCGCACGCGAGAGAGUGGUCGACUCGUACGAAGAAACGUGGGCAAGCCUCAGUACCACCGAGCGCACUUCGGCCCGGGACACUGAGAGAUACCUGGUGUGGAUGCCGACCAUGUAUGGCAAGAAUGUUCGGUACAGCUGGAUGGUGAUGGAUGAGAUUGGUCAGCGACCGCAGAGAGAACCGCGAUCUCCACUUGAAGAAUGGGAAGAGCAACUUCAGCACUUUAAAGCUUUCGACUCUGUUAACAAUACCGACAUCUCCGUCGAGCCGUCGCCGAGGGACUCUGAAGAAGCUUGUGGUGUGAGGUCGAUGCCUUCGGUACUUAAACCGGCACGAGGGAGACCUAUAUUGUCCAAGACGAAUGCUCAAAGCGACAAGACGGCCGGUGUCCCUCCGUCAUUUCGCAUGCCUUCCAAGCCAUACAUGGUCUUCUUGACCGGACAAGCAUUGGUCGGGGAUAUAGAAAUCAGACCGUUGUCGAUCAGGAGCGUUUCAGGUAAUCGCGCGGCAGGUGCCGAACGAACAACCGAAAGUGAUACCACACAAGAGGCCGGGGAGGGCUCGCCACACGCAGUGCGAUGCGAAAGUGAAGGCCCAGCAGCAUCCAGCAGGCCAAAGAUCAGGACCGACACCUCGAUUCCAACUGCAGCAGACUUUUCCCCGUCCAAGUUUGACUAUGGGGCUUCCCCUACAAUUUUAGAAUACUACUACAAGACUGUAUUUGCGGCCGUUGAGGGGAAGGAGGGAGGGGAUAAUUCAACCCCUGAUGUCACGCCGAAUAAAGCACCUGCCGCAAUCGAAAGUACACAGCAAGAGGCGGUAUUGCAGAAAAGACUUGAGGAUUGCAGAGUCUUGCCCUUGGCGACGGUACCUCAAUCUGGCAACGUCGAAAUCAAGACCCAUUGAGCAAAGAGUCAGAUGGUUAGUGAUAGUAGCGGGAAGAGCAGCGUUACUUGUGGUUCUCAGUUCCACCUAUAAUAAGGCAUUCCUCUCUUACAUGAACUCUUAUCUUCUUUACCUUGAUCCCAAGAAUAUUUUGAAUGGCAAAACCUCGAAAGAUGUGG